AUGUUAUACAUAGCAGAUUCUGAUAUAACAAAUAAAUUUUAUAUGAUGGAUCUGGCACUGGAGGGACUCGCCAUCUUCGGGCUCAUCCUCUUCGUCGUGCUCUGGCUCAUGCACUUCAUGUCCAUCAUCUACACACGCCUCUACCUCAAUAAGAAAGCAAUAGACAAACAACUAUAUAGCAAGCCUCCUGGUGUUUCACUUCUAAAGCCAUUAAAAGGUGUGGAUCCUAAUCUGAUCAACAAUUUGGAAACCUUCUUUGAGCUGGAUUAUCCCAAAUAUGAAGUACUGCUCUGUGUACAAGAUCAUGAUGAUCCAGCUAUUGAAGUGUGCAAAAAGCUCCUUGGCAAAUACCCAAAUGUUGAUGCUAGACUGUUCAUAGGUGGUAAGAAGGUUGGUAUUAACCCCAAGAUUAAUAACUUAAUGCCAGGAUAUGAAGCUGCCAAAUAUGAUCUCAUAUGGAUUUGUGAUAGUGGAAUCAGAGUAAUACCAGACACGCUGACAGAUAUGGCCAAUCAGAUGACUGAAAAAGUAGGCUUGGUCCAUGGAUUGCCUUAUGUAGCAGACAGACAGGGUUUUGCUGCUACUCUUGAACAGGUUUAUUUUGGCACUUCCCAUCCAAGGUCAUAUAUUUCAGCUAAUGUAACUGGCUUCAAAUGUGUAACGGGAAUGUCUUGCUUGAUGAGAAAGGAUGUUUUGGACCAAGCUGGAGGACUGAUAGCUUUUGCACAGUAUAUUGCUGAAGAUUAUUUUAUGGCCAAAGCUAUAGCUGACCGGGGCUGGAAACUUGCGAUGGCCACACAAGUUGCCAUGCAAAACUCUGGUUCAUAUUCUAUUUCUCAAUUUCAGUCCAGAAUGAUCAGAUGGGCUAAGCUGCGAAUUAACAUGUUGCCUGCUACAAUAAUUUGUGAGCCAAUCUCAGAGUGCUUUGUUGCCAGUCUAAUUAUUGGAUGGGCAGCUCAUCAUGUUUUCAGAUGGGAUAUAAUGGUAUUUUUCAUGUGUCACUGUUUGGCAUGGUUUAUAUUUGACUACAUUCAACUAAGAGGUGUUCAGAAUGAACUGUCACCAUGAAUGAGCUGCUAAUUGCAGGGCUAACAAUGCUGAUCUAGCAUCUUUUAAAAGUUGGACAACACCUUUAUGUUAAAGCAUAACGUGUAGCAUAUUAGCAAUAAUGAUAUAUAUUUAUGAAAACUGAUAUUUUCCACCUUAUUGAGCCAAUCCAUUAACUGACAUUUGAUACACGUGUAAUGCUUUUGGUGUAUGUAUGUUCCAUUCUUUUCAUGUGAAUCGGGAGGACACUUUCUUCCUGAGGAAAGCUGCACACUGAGAGCCAAUCUAGUUGUGACCAAAUGAAAGGUUUUGUUCUUAAUAUCAGGUCUGUAUAGCUGAAUUUUGCUGACAAUGUUUGUUUUUUUAUUUGUUUCAUGAAGUUUGAUGCCAUUCGCUGUGCUGCUAACGUGAAGCCUAGCUUGUAAGUUAACUUUAUGCUGAUUUCUAUGCAGGCAGCGUAACAGAGAAUUUUAAAAGGCUGAACAGACUUCAUUUAAAAAAAAAAGUUCUGUAGUUAAGGAUAAUCAUUGUCUUGAUGGGUGCUUUUGCAUUAGUAGAACUUUCUUUAGUUAAGAAAACUGAAGCUUCACCUACGUAAAUAGCUUGAUUUUUCUGUACUGUUUGGUUGAUUAUGAUUUGGAAGCAAUACUGUCAAAUCUCGUAGAAGCUGCUGCAACAGAAUUGCAUAAGUUAAAAAUGGCUAAUUUUAAAAAGUUGUAUUGAUCAACAGAUA